GGAUGAACAAGAACAUGGGUGGGAGGAGACGGGCCUAGGAGUCCCCUAGAGCCCAGGGGAGUAGGUAUCUUCGUAAGCCUCGAGGGGAGAAGAGAGAAGGGGUCCUGUGAGCACCUCUCAGGGAGGGAAGAGACAGAAGUCACCUGAUCCCUUCCCACGGGCCUCUACCUGGCCCCCCGAGGUUGUCCUGUCACAUCCUGGCCCAUCAGGGAAUGAGGGGUGCAAAAGGCACCUUGAAGCCAUGUGAUUGGCAGGGGGCCCAUGCGCCUGUGUGUGUGGCUCCCGCUUCCCUGACUUUGUGAGGCGCCCACGGGGGCGGCAAGACAGUUCCAGACUAGCUGGUGUAUCCUCUCCCACCCACGGCUGUGCCAGCUGGCCACCCAGCCAAAGCACUUGGACUCGAACCUCAAAGGCUAUGAAGUUCAGGCUCUUGCAGACCCCACAGUCUCCAGGGCCCUCUCCCCCCAGUAUAUGUCUCCCAGGGCCACGUUCAUUCAUUCAUCUCUUCAUUCAUUCUUUCCACACACAUUUGCCCGUCUCCCGGCUUGCACCGGGCCCUGUGCUCAGUGCUGACGCUGCAGAGAUGACUCAGACCCAUUUCCUGCCCUCUGGGAGGCCACAGUCGAGUAGGCGAGAGUCAGGUGAACAGAUCAUAACAACAUGAGCCACAUGAGGCCGCAGGUGUUUCGGAAGGGCAUGUACCAAGUGCUCUGGGGACACAGGGUAGAGUCACACCAGCUGCCCGAAGGGGAGUGACAAGGGAGUCACAAAAGAGGUUGUCACUGUCCUGUCUCUCACCCCCACCCCCACGGAAAAAAUGACCAUCUUUGAAAAUGUCACCCGAGCCCUGGCCAGACAGCUAAACCCCAGAGGGGACCUGACACCCCUCGACAGCCUCAUAGACUUCAAGCGCUUCCACCCCUUCUGCCUGGUGCUGCGGAAGAGAAAGAGCACACUCUUCUGGGGCGCCCGGUACGUCCGCACCGACUACACUCUCCUGGAUGUGCUCGAAGCCGGCAGCUCGCCUUCAGACCCAACAGACUCCGGCAACUUUAGCUUUAAGAAUAUGCUGGAUGCCCGAGUGGAGGGAGAGGUGGAUGUGCCUAGGACAGUCAAGGUGACGGGGACUGCCGGGCUGUCCAGGAGCAGUACCCUGGAGGUCCAGACACUCAGUGUGGCUCCUAAGGCUCUGGAGACCUUGCACCAGGACAGGAAGCUGUCAGCCGAGCACCCAUUCCUGAAGGAGAUGCGAGACCGAGGGGAGAACCUGUAUGUGGUCAUGGAGGUGGUGGAGACCGUGCAGGAGGUCACUCUGGAGAGAGCCGGCAAGGCCGAGGGCUGCUUCUCCCUCCCAUUCUUCGCCCCACUGGGGCUACAGGGAUCCAUAAACCACAAGGAGGCCGUAACCAUCCCCAAGGGCUGCAUCCUGGCCUUUCGAGUGAGACAACUGAUGGUCAAAGGCAAAGAUGAGUGGGAUAUUCCACACAUCUGCAAUGAUAACAUGCAGACCUUCCCUCCUGGAGGUAUCCUGGCAUCUGAGGCUGGGGAGGAACAUGAAGACUUCAAGACACUAAAAGAAGAAGUUCAAAGAGAGAUCCAAGAAGUGAAAAAGCUAAGCCGGGUAGGGCAAAGCUCCCUGCUCACCUCCCUCAGCAAACUUCUCGGAAAGAAAAAAGAGCUACAGGACCUGGAGCUCACGCUUGAAGGGGCUCUAGACAAAGGACAUGAAGUGACCCUGGAGGCACUCCCUAAAGAUGUCUUGGUAUCAAAGGAAGCUAUGGGUGGCAUCCUCUAUUUCCUCAGAGCCCUAACAGAGCUAAGUGAAGCCCAACAGAAGCUGCUGAUAAAAUCGAUGGAGAAAAAGAUUCUACCUGUGCAGCUAAGGCUGGUGGAGAGCACAAUGGAACAGAAUUUCCUACAGGAUAAAGAGGGUGUUUUCCCCCUGCAGCCUGACCUGCUCUCCUCCCUUGGGGAAGAGGAACUGACCCUCACAGAGGCCCUAGUGGGGCUGAGUGGCCUCGAAGUGCAGCGAUCGGGCCCCCAGUACACGUGGGACCCAGACACCCUCCCCCGCCUCUGUGCCCUUUACGCUGGCCUCUCCCUCCUGCAGCUGCUGACCAAGGCCUCCUAACUUGCUUUUUCCACCUGCUUCCUGCCUCCUAGUGCCUUCCCAACCUCACUGUGCUGCGAUCUUAACACACUAGGCUGGAGAUGAUGGAAGCCCUAGCUGAUCGCCCAAGAUAAGCAAUUUCCACUUGUCCAGCUCUACCUCUCCCACUACCUCUUCAGCUCCACAACCUAUCUGCUGGUGCUUAAAGCCUUUAAAAGUGGAAAAGUUCAAAUUUUAAAACUAUGAACCAUUUCAGCAAAACCAAAAAAAAAUUAAUUUCCUCUCCUAAUUCCUCCUGCUUAUGCUUCCACAAAUCAAUUUUUACUGGAAUUUAUGGAAAAUAUUAUUUUGCUUUGGAUGAAA